AUGGCCGCCAUCUCCGCCCACCUCACCGCCAAUCUUCCGUCUCUCCCGGCUCUCCGGCCCUGUCCUCGCCGGCUUCAGCCGAGCACCUUCGCAGCAUCCGUGGCCCCGCACCGAACCCCCGGCGUUGCCCUCCGUGGCUGCAGGCGUUGCAAUCCUUUCGUAAGAAGAUUUCAUGGGUUUCAGAAUGCAAUAAGCGUUGGGAAGGAGCACAACAAGCAAGCCCUAUUUGCUUCAGGCAGAGAUUCUCCUAGCUCCGGUGAUGAUGGCUCGAGUUCUCCAGAUGGCCCGCCUGUCCUGACUAUUGUGGCAGGUGUCAUUGUGUUCCUUCUUGUACUCUGGGUUAUUGGGUCGAUCGUUACCUGGAUUGUGGGUUUGGUCUUUGGCGCAGCGAAAUCUUAG